AUGAAAAGCGAAAGGAAGAGUAGCCCUGUUGAAUCAAGCUUUCCCACAGUUCCCAAUCCAUUCUACGAAAUCGAUAAAGCUUAUGAGGAGCGUCGGCAACGCGCUCGUGCCAGGACAGAACGAGACCGUUCAUUUGACAAUACUUCAAGCCGAGAGUCAUCGCUCAAAGCUGUAAAGGUGGAAGUUCCUGCUUCGCCGAAGCGCACCGACAAAACACAAGCGUCCUCCGAUUCCAAGCAAGAGACUUCACUUCUCAGCGUCAUCCCAGACAGCAUCCGGCCGGAAGCGCGGGACCCAUCUCCUCCCGCUUCCCAGAUGCUAGAUUUUGUCGAUUUAACACAGUCCAGCCCGCCAGUGUCGCCAGGUGGGAGCGAUGAGGAUUUUGCAAAAACCCACCGGCUUCCACGGGGAUCAGGAUGGGUCCGAAAAAACAAUCCAAGCACGCGAAGGCAGACUAGGCAGUCGUCUCAGUCGAGUAGGGGGAUCCGAACGCUGGAGGGGGUGAGCAUUAGCCCGCCCCGACGAAGGUCUGGAACUUGA